GUUGGCGGCGGCAGCCGGAGAUGAGCGGCGGCGGAGGGGACCCCGUCGGGUGAGCCCGCCCGCGCCCGCCCCGCGGAGAUGGCCAUCGCCCCGAGCCCCGCGGCCCCGCAGGCGGGCACCGCCGUGGCCGUGUGGGAGUGGCAGGACGAGGGGGGCAGCUGGAGGCCCUACAGCGGCUCCGUGUGCGGCUACAUCGAGCGGUUUGUGUGGCACCAGGGCCCGCGCGGGGGGUCCCAGGGGGGCAGCGUCCCCCUGGGGCAGGCCGACCCCGCUUUAGCCCCCUACGUCAUCGACCUCCCCAGCUGGACCCAGUUCCGCCAGGACACCGGCACCAUGCGUUACGUGCGGCGGCACCUGUACCCGGCGCUGUCGGCCCCCGGCCAGGGCGUCCUCUGGGAGUGGCUGAACGACGAGGGCGGCUGGACGCCGUACGAGAUGAGCGUCUGCGUCUACCUGGAGCAGCAGUUCGCCCGCGGGAGCCCCGGGGCCGACCUGGCGGCCCUGGGCUACAACUAUACCGUCCACUACGGCAGCCGGACGCAGGUGAACAAGACGUCCAGCUUCCGGCGCAGCGUCCGGCGGAGCCUGGGCCCACCCUACCCGGCCACCGCGGUCCCCGGCCCGCCCGGCCCCGCGGGGCUGGCCUGCUCCUGCCUUCAGUGCCUGGCCGCCGGCGCCGGCGGAGGCGGCGGGUCGGGCCCCGUCUCCCACCGGUCCCGGCACUGGGCGGCCCACCUCCCGGCGGCUUCGGCGGCCCCGGCCCCGCACCGGACGGCCGCCCUCGGGGCCCACCAGGCCUUCGCGCCCUACAGCAAGCCCGCGCUGGCCGGCGGGCGCUCGGCCCCGCGGCUCGGUGCCGCCCCGGCGUGGGUCCCGCCGCAGCCGGGCGGCCCCGCCGCCCCCCACCUCGCCCAGCCCGGACCGUCGACGUCCAACGGAACCAGCGUUCCUGGGAGCAUCCCCGUGCAAACACAGAGGUCCAGCCGGAUUCAGCAGGCCCUGGCAGGCGUGACCAGUGUCCUGACGUCCGCCCUCGGCAUCCCCCCGUGCCUGCCUCGCCCACCGCCGCCCGCCAGCACUCCCGCCUCCCGUUUGUCCGCUAAAAGUCACAGCUCAGUCAAGAGACUGAGGAGACUGUCCAGGAAAGACGUCCCACCCACCGAGCCCGGGCAGGUGGUGAAGAGGUACCUCGCCGAGCUGCAGAGCCCUCCGGAUGAGGACUGCCUGAUCUGCAUGGAGAAGCUGUCGGCGGCUUCGGGGUACAGCGACGCGGCUGACGGCAAGACUGGCCCCAACGCCGUGGGGAAACUCACCGACUGCGGUCAUGCCUUCCACCUGCUCUGUGUGCUGGCCAUGUACAAGAACGGGAACCGGGACGGCAGUCUGCGGUGUCCCUCCUGUAAGACCAUCUACGGGGAGAAGACGGGCACGCAACCCAAGGGGAAGAUGGACGUGUCCACGUUCGCCGUGUCGCUGCCCGGCCACGAGGACUGCGGGACCAUCCAGAUCGUCUACUCCAUCGCCAGGGGGAUCCAGGGCCCCGAGCAUCCCAACCCGGGAAAGCCGUUCACCGCCCGGGGCUUCCCCCGCCACUGCUACCUGCCCGAUAACGCCCAGGGUCGCAAGGUCCUGGAGCUGCUGAAGGUGGCGUGGAAGCGGCGCCUCAUCUUCACCGUGGGCACGUCCAGCACCACCGGGGAGACGGACACCGUGGUCUGGAACGAGAUCCACCACAAAACCGAGAUGGGGCUGAACCUGACCGGCCACGGUUACCCCGACCCCCACUAUCUGGACAACGUGCUGGCCGAGCUGGCCGCCCAGGGCGUCACGGAAGACAGCCUGGGCCAGUAGCCGACUGGGCUCCGAGGCCGGCCAUGCCCCUCCUCCCGCUGCUCCGGGCGCUGACACCCUGUGGCCUUAUGGGACUCCUCCCGCCCGAGCGGUGACGGGGGGCCGGGGGCCGGGGACCCCCGGGCUGGAAGAGAAGGUUAUUUUUCUAUGCGGUCCGAAUGUUUUUACACGACACGUCGUCCGUCACCGGCAUCUGCCCGGCCGGGACGCCUAGGAUACCCGGCCGAGAGCGGGCCGAGCCGGCGAGUUGGGGCGGGGCCGGGGCGGUGGUGGUCGUCUCGGCCCCCCGCCCCGUCACCCUGCCCCUACCACGGUGCCUCAUCACCCCCUCCGACCCGGGGCCCCCGAUGCCUUUACUUCUCUCCAUCACUUGCAAUAAAUCCUACAUAGCCAUGG